UUUUUCUUUCCUUCUUUUUUCAUUUCAUUUUUAUUUUAUUUUAUAGUGAUCAUUUAUUUAAAACGAUGCCAUUUAAUCAAUUUGAUCCUAUCUCUUUCAAUCAUAUCAAACAUACAUUCCCUUUAUUAGAUAGCGACGUCUCGGUAGAAAAUACUAUUUAUUAUCUUUCUUUACUCGAACAAUUCCAACAACUUCAUCAUACAUUUGCAACUCAUUUGGAUACUUUCCAUGCAAGAGCUGAGUUACGUUAUCAAGCUUGGAUUCAAGGAUGUCAGAAAAGAAUUGAUAAUACUUCUUCUUCCAUCAUCAUCCCUCCAAUCGAUGUUGCUUAUAUGAGUCAUGCGCAUCUCGUAUCACCUUUUCGAUUUUAUGAAGAUUGCCAAAGAAUGAUGCCACAUAUGUUAAAUUUUCCAAUGCCAUUAAAGCAGAUACAUUUCCAACGAAAUGCUCCAAAUAGGGAAUCAGUCCAAUUUUGGACAUCGGAGUGCGCUAAAGGAAGGGAUGAACCCUUCAUCUUGACAAUUGAUGAUAUGAAUCAACAACUGCCUGGUUAUCAGGAAUGUCCUUUAUGUAAAAAAUGUUUUAAAAUAUCAAGCCAUGACUAUGGAAGAUGGCGAACAGAUCCUACAGUCUAUUUAAAAUGUUGGUAUUGUGAUCAAGAAUAUAAUAUUCAUGAUGCAGCUGUAGAACAAAUAGUGAACGACCUAUCAAGAGAAAAACAACCCACAGAAAAAGAAUCUGCAUGGAUUAGAGGAACCAUGUUGAAUAAUUUAGGCAUGAUUAAAAAGUCAGUUACUGAUCCAGGCACAGAAUCUGUUAUUCAACGAUUACGACGUACCAUUGGCCAUUCUCCACCAUCAUCAUCUUCAUCAUCAUCGAUAAAUCAAACAUCAUCUUCAUCUGUUUCAUCAUCAAGAGCCAUGAUCGAAUUCAUUGAAAAAAGUGUUAGACGAAAAACAACAUCGAUGUAUGAUAUUGAACCCAUCCUUUUACGACAAUUGCAUUUUAGAGCAUUAGAACAAGAAUAUACAUCAGAAGAAGAAAAACAAAAACAAAACAAAAUUAAAGAUCUUGCUUAUGCAAUGAAUGCAUGUUAUGGAAACAAUCCAAGUCCAUUCUCAUUAGAUUUAAUCCAAGCUGCCAAGAGACAACACAAAGAAGGUAUACGAUUAUUGAAGGAACAUUGGUUACUUCCAGAUUCGAUGGUACUUGGUAUUCGACGAUAUAAAAACUUUUUGUUACUGAUCAAUUAUCAUCAUCAUGAUCAAGGUGGUGGGAUGAAUGUGGAUUCUAGUGAAGAGGAGGAUGAUGGAUAUUAUUUGAUCGGAUCUAGAACAACAGCAGAUGUAGAUGUGACAUGGCGUACACACAUGUUAUUCCCAAACCAAUAUCGACAAUUCACCUUGAGAUAUUUGGGUCGGGUGAUGAAUCAUGAGGAUCCUAUUCCUCAUUAUCAAUUGGAAGAGAAUGAUAAUAUUCAAAGAUCAUCAGUUCGACGUUAUUCUACUUUAUUAUCAAGAAGAAGAACAAGAAAUCAUCAUUCAGUUUCUCGAGUUCAUCCAAGACCUAGUUUUGGUUUAGAUUAUACUCAUGGUUCUAUUGUAGUGGAUGAUCCUAUUGAUUCUAUCUCUUAUUAUGGGGAUAGUGAUUCUAAUGGAUCUCCAAUGACAAAAGAUAUACCAGAAUUAGAAAGAAAAUCAGCAGAAAUUAAAAGAUCAACUAUUAGUAAGUUUAAAGAUAUUUAAAAGAAAAAAAAAGAGAACUCAUAUAUAUAUUAUUCACUAGGUACUUGGGGUAGUAAUAAACGAGAUAGUGCGACGAUGACAGAAAUUUCAGUUAGUACAUCAUCAAGAAAUAGGGAUACAGGAUAUCAUUCUAUGACCAGCGAGAAUUACUAAUUAUAAUGAAUAAAAAUUACUGCCCAACAACGUUGGCAUAGAGGCGCAGUUUGAAAAUAAGUUC